ACCCUGUGAAUGCUGACGAUCACAGCUGAGCCACAACAUAACAAAAGAACAUUAUCAACCACAGCGUCAACCAAGCAACAGGCAACAGUCGCAGCUAUUGCCUGUUGCUGGCAGUUACACACCCCUAAGCCAGUUCCACCAAGUCACCACAGUUGUGAACGGCACCACGCCCCAGCUGGCAAUUACCGUUUCGGCCUCUUCUUCGCGUCUUCGUUCCGUCGCUUGUCCUUUUCCCCUCCUCCCCCAGAUCUACCGCCAUCAUGUCUGCUCCUAAGAAGUGGGAAGUCAAGCCCGGAGGCUCCGGUGCCAUCGACAUGGCCACCGCCACUGCCAUGAAGAACGCCAAGAACGCCUCUCAGGCUCAGUCCCUCCGCUACAACCCCGGCCAGGCUCAUGCCCCCACCAUUGAUGCCGGUUCCUCGUCGAUCGCGCACGCCAUGAGCGUGCCCGACUCCAAGCACACUCAGCUUGAGUUCCAGAAGGGUACCGGCGAGUCGAAGGUUGGCGUCGACUCGUUCGCCGUGUCGAGCGCCAUGAAGGCCCCGGCUCCCCCGCGCACCAUCAACACGGUCGACAAGACCCGUUCGGUGACCUCCCAGCCUGGCAUGAACUAGAAGCAUUUACUCCCAUGUUCUUCAUGCUUUGGUUUUUGUGUGUUGACGACGUUUGCCCGAGAAUCUGAUGAUGUUGUCCAACCACCCUGUUGCCUCAACCCUUUUUCUCGCGCGUCGUGUCGUGAUCGAGCUCUUUUAUCUGAAAUUUAAAUCUGGACUUGU